AUGUGCCUUAAUCGCAGCGGCAAUCGCGGGCGCUACGAUCGGGGUGGGCGGCAACCUCCACAUCCGCACCAUCAUCAUCAUUCGCAUCAACAUCAGCAGCAGGGCGGUGGUGGAUGGCGCGGCCACCACGGUGCGGAUGUUGACAGCGCGGGGUACGACCUGCCGCUGCGCCCUUCAUUCCAUGGGCGGGGUGGCGGCGCGCGCCGCGGCGGACGAGGCCAUCAAGAUGAGAAGCCUUUCGAUCGGCAUCUAAACCAGGAAAGCGACGUGAAACCUACCGAGCAUAGGGAUCCAAGCGUGCAGGAGGAUAACCUACCCGCAGAAAAUGAGAACAACAACCAACGGGGAAGAGGUUUCCGCGCUCGAAACCAUCACCGUCCGCGAAGGAAUUAA